AUGAAGAAACCUCAGAUGGUGCUGAUAAAUGUGAAAAAUGGGCGCUACUAUCCCCUUUUUGUAGGUGAAGAAUCUGAGGCCUGGAGAACACGGUACAGAGGACUGCCAGAGCAGGCACCUGAGAAGGUUUCAGAGCCCAGCAAAUCCAUGAGCAGCAAAGAGAUCGUGGAGCUGAAGAACAUGACAGCCCUGGGAGCCGAGGGCUACAGCAACACUGGCUUCCAGAAUGAAGAUGACUGUCAUGAAAACAAGAGCACAUCAGGAAAGGACAACUCGCUGAGGAGUAGAGCUGUGCAGAACAGAGAGCAUGGAAAUGCCAAACAGGACGAAGAGCAGGUCACCAUUGAGCAGGAUUCUCCAAGAAACAAAGAAGAUGAAAAUGACGAUCAAGAGAUGCCUCAAAAAGGGUAUCUGCAAAGGAAGUAUGGUAUAGUUUGUGAUUUUUGUCAGAAACAAAAAACCACAUUUCAGUACCUCAUCUGGGGCAUCUUAUUAGCAGGCUACCUGGCUAUGGUGAUCGCCGCGUGUGUGCUCAACUUUCACAGAGCCCUUCCUCUCUUCGUGAUCACCAUGGCUGCCAUCUUCUUUGUGGUCUGGGAUCACUUCAUGCCCAAAUAUGAGCAUCGAAUCGAAGAGUUCCUGUCUCCAGGCAGAAGGCUUCUGGACAGCCAUUGGUUCUGGCUGAAGUGGGUGAUUUGGAGCUCGCUGGUCCUGGGAGUUAUUCUCUGGCUGACCUUUGACACCGCCAAACUGGGCCAACGGCAGCUCGUGUCUUUUGGUGGGCUCCUGAUGUACGUCAUCCUGCUGUUUCUAUUUUCCAAGCACCCAACCAAGGUUAACUGGAGGCCCGUCUUUUGGGGAAUUGGGUUACAGUUUCUUCUUGGGCUCAUAAUACUAAGAACUGACCCUGGACUUAGGGCUUUUCAGUGGUUGGGCAAACAAGUUCAGACCUUCCUGGAGUACACGGAUGCUGGGGCUGCCUUCGUCUUUGGGGAGAAAUACACAGACCACAUCUUUGCAUUUAAGGUCCUGCCAAUCGUGGUUUUCUUCAGCGCCGUCAUGUCCAUGCUCUACUACCUUGGAUUCAUGCAGUGGAUCAUUAGAAAGGUCGGAUGGGUCAUGCUGGUUACUAUGGGAUCAUCUCCUAUUGAAUCUGUAGUUGCUGCUGGCAACAUAUUCCUUGGAUUUACGGAGUCUGCACUGCUGGUGCAACCGUAUUUGUCACGUGUCACCGGGUCCGAACUUCAUGCGAUCAUGACCUCUGGGUUCUCUACCAUCGCUGGAAGUGUCUUAGGCGCGUACAUUUCUUUUGGGAUUUCAUCCACCCACUUGUUAACUGCUUCAGUUAUGUCAGCGCCCGCAUCGCUGGCUGUGGCUAAACUCUCUUGGCCUGAGACAGAAACACCUGAAAUAACCAUCAAGAAUGCCAUGAAAAUGGAAAUUGGUGAUUCAAGGAAUCUCCUAGAAGCCGCAUCACAGGGAGCAUCCUCUUCCAUCUCCCUGGUAGCACACAUCGCUGUGAAUCUGAUUGCCUUCCUGGGCCUGUUGUCUUUUGUGGAUGCAGCCCUGUCCUGGUUUGGAAACAUGUUUGACUACCCACAACUGAGUUUUGAGAUAAUAUGCUCCUAUAUCUUCAUGCCUUUUUCCUUCAUGAUGGGAGUGGACUGGCAAGACAGCUUCAUGGUUGCCAAACUCAUAGGUUAUAAGGUAUUCUUCAAUGACUUUGUGGCCUAUGAGCGCCUCUCAAAAUUGGUGUAUUUAAGGAAAGAGGCUGGACCCAAAUUCGUGAAUGGUGUGCAGCAGUAUAUGUCGAUUCGUUCUGAGACAAUUGCCACUUACGCUCUCUGUGACUUUGCCAAUAUCGGUUCCCUAGGAAUAGCAAUCGGCGGAAUCACAUCUAUGUCUCCUUCGAGAAAGCGUGACAUCGCCUCAGGGGCAGUGAGAGCUCUGAUCGCAGGGACCAUCGCCAGCUUCAUGACAGCCUGCAUCGCAGGCAUACUCUCCAGCACUCCUGUAGACAUCAACUGCCAUCACGUUUUAGAGAAUGGCUUCCAGUCUGCCUUACCUAAAAACACAACUGAUGUAGUGUCUUGUUGUCAGAGUCUAUUGAACAGCACUGUUGCCAAGGGUCCCAGAGAGGUCAUCCCAGGAGGAAACCACAGCCUCUAUUCUUUGAAGAACUGCUGUGAAUUGUUGAUUUCAUCAACACUGAACUGCAGUUGGAUCCCUAAUCCAUUUUGAGUUCAGCCGCUUCUUCAACAGAACUCUAAGU